CAGAUUGAAGAUAGGCUGGCGCGAGAAGCAGGAACCUAGUAUUUCCAAGCAAGUGAAAGUCGUGGUCGUGCAGCAGCUUCGAAAAUGGCAGCUGCCCCAGCACAGUCCGCACCAGCUAGGCGGGACUCGACGGCACCCGAUGGACCCGGAGCUGCUGGAUCUUCAGCAGCCGAGUCCUCAUCGCGAUGGGUUCCGGCAGAGAAGGGAACCAUGCCACGAAUUUGGCGACCGUGGCUGUGGCGAUGUGGAGACGCCGACAAGAUUCCAUCACUCGUUUCGUUCUUUGCCGCACAGCAAAGGGUACAACAUCAGCAUGAAAAGGAUAACGACGUCUCGGUAGUCAGCACAAGUGAGGAGAUAAGAAAACGUUUAUCAACUCCAGAAAUGCGAGAGAAAAUAUUAUUCGCAAAAUGUAGCGUAGUAGAAGAUCAAUCCGCGACGUCAUCAUCCUUGACAUUUCCAAGAGGAGGGAGCAGUCCGCGGAGCAAAAACGUCCUCGAUCUACUCGCGUUAGAGACUACAGAAGCAGGAACCACAAGUGUGUCACUCUCAAUGCUAGGUGGAAAUUCGGCUACGUCGUCAUCGUCCUCCAAUACGGAUCCCCAGGGUAAAGUUUCUACGGAAGUUACGGAAGUCAAAGAUACCCUAGGUCCGAAGGAACGGGCGGGCCGGGCAAAAGCGGUCGCAGCGCUCAUAAGACAGCACUCUGAUCACAAGCCGGCCUUACGCGUCGGUCCACUACCAAGAAGCUGGUUCAUUCCAGACAAGGUAAUAACAACAACUACUACUGCCGGUAGAAGUACAACACAUUUAUUGCAUGCAAAUUCAUCCCCACGAAAUAGAGUAAGUAAAAAGAACCACUCCCACUCUUCUACUUCUUCAGCACUAGCGCGAAGUACUUUGGUAGGCUGACACCAAACGUGAGCGAAAUCUUUAUUCGAAGAUACAUGUUGUGACUCCUGUGAGUAUAAGUAACUACUAGACCUCCUACAACGGCGCUCAUCGACAUCAUCUUAGGUGUUCGAAGGCAAGAAGAAGACGUUUAAAACGAAGCCGCUUUUUCCGGGAUCGCCGUGGAUGCAACUUUUCAAGAGUUUUGGAACAGUAACCGCUGCAAAAAUACACUUAAAUCCAAGCGACAACGUAGCCGCAGAAGGUGGUGAAUCUGCGAGACCACAGGCCCAUCUCCAUGUGCAAUAUGCAGACUUAGAGGAGCUUAGAAGCAGUACAAUUAUUUGUUUAUUCAGGUCAUAAUGUGGAACAUUGAAAAUUAGGUCAUUAAGAUUUCGGCCUUCUUCUAGUUCUAGAUCAUCUCGUCUAGAAAAAUCUCUAAGUUAUCAAAUAAUAAUUUCGUCCUAGUAUGAUCAGGUGCACUAGCGUUCUAUGGUUUCUACGUCGAGCAUUUGAACGGCGAGCUUCGGCCGAGCGGUGGCACCAUAGUCCCUCUCGAGAAACCCGCUAGUAAGGAUGCACCACGCGCCAGUGAUGGGCAUUUGCAAGAGAGUGCGCUGGAGGAGGAACUCGCUCAAAAGAGGCGCGAAGACCGAGCCCGCAAGGUUUUAGAAGGAAACCUGCUGACGAAACCGCAGUUUGAGGAAGUCGAGGUCGAGGAAAUCAUUGCCGAAGAGUACGGCGGCGUAAGCACGCUAGGCAUGCGAGCAGAGCAGAGAAGCGCUUUCAAAAAGUGCAUUGAUCGCCUCAAGCAAUUGGAGGCACAUCACAAAAAACUGGACUUAUGAUUUUGAGGCAUGUCAGCUCAUGACUGAAGACUCGAUGUUUUAGCACUUUUUAUCGCAAACACAACCCACGACGGGGGGUGCGGACAACAACUGACAUGAUAAAUACAGCGAGCUGAUGUUGUUCUUCCAUCAAACUAUCUCAUCUUCCUUGUGACGGGACUAUGACUUUCAUACAUGAUAGAUAGGCAUAGGUAGUACUUGCAUUCACGACCACCAGUUUUUUUGUUCUUGCUAGCUUUCAUUUGCGAAGCGUGUGGUGGAGUUAAAGCGGGAGGAGAUGCUUGCGGAGCACGGAUUGAUGAAGCAGCAAGCUGAUGCGGCAGUGAAGCAGGAACGACGGAAGAAGCGAAAACGAGCUAGGCAGGAAGCACAAGAGGGUGCCGACGGUCUAGACGCUGCCGCACCUUGGAAACGGUCUAAGCCAGAGACGGACGCAGUGAAAUCCGCGCCGUGGAGAAAGCAACCUCAGGCCAGUCCUAGAGCUGACGGUGUCACCAGCAUGGCUUCAACAGAUCUUCAAAGAAUAGGCAGCGCUGGUGGUGCAGGUUCAUCUGCUGUUACAACUUCUAGCGGAGUGAUGAACGCUUCGGGAACGAGUACUUCGGCGAAUUCAAUAGGCGCAGGAGCUGCAGGAACUACUGGUGCUCGAAGACUAGGUGAUGAUAGUCAGGCAAAUGGUGGCACCAGUUCUGGAGCAAGUAUGCCUAUGCCAGACAUUCUUACGCAAGCACCACAGGGUGGAGGCGGAGGGGGUCUCUUAACAUUCGAAGACCUGAUGAAAGAUCCAAGACGCGAUGAGAAGCGUGGCACAUCGAGAUACGACGUCGUAGGUGGGCCGCAUUUGACACCCAGCAGCAGGGCAGCUGCCGCAGCUACACAGGUCUCAACUACAUCGUUGUCGAUCCUUUCUGGAGCAGAUGGAGCUGCAAUCAAUGGUCCGAAUACGAAAAAUUCGGCAGCAGGGGGAUUACCAGUUGGGUCGCCACCGGGAGGAACUAGCGCUGCUGCGCCAACGCAUGCGGCAGAUGCGAUCAAGAACGCAUUACUAAACAUGCAGCUAGCAGGAGGAGCAGGACAGGGCGACGUAACGCAGCCGGACCAUAUGCUGAACGAACGCGCAUCUGAAUUGCUCGCGGGCGUAAAGACAAAACCGGCGGAAAGUACCCCCAAAGCGGGGGCUCAUCCCAGCUCCUCAGUAAACCUCCCAGGAAAUCUAACACUCACAUCUUCUUCCCUUGCACCAGGAGGCCCAGACGCGGGACACCUUCUACUAAAUGGUCUCGCAACCGCAGAGGUUAGUAGGACUUUCUCAAACAACGACGUCUCCAGCGCAACUCCAAAUAAUGCGGCGAUCACGGCACAGCGAAAUGCUGUAGCUGGUCGUGGUUCAGAGCCGUCUCAAGAACAGCGAAGAUCCAGUCGAGGGGCCUCUGCUUCUGGAGCAGUAGCUUUGUCUACUCCGGCAGAGCAACUACCGGUAACAGUCGAGUCAGUAACACUGCUGCUGCGCACGUUGCAGGCGAGCGGGUCUGGCGCGGCGGUGUCGGUCUUGCAGAACCCGAUCAUUAUCAGCAGUUUCCAGCGCUUUCUGCAGAGCAACGGACUGGCGCCACUCCAGCCGCAAGCCCUGCAGCUAGCACAGCGCUUUCAGGCACAGAAGCAGCUACAAGAACAAAAGGAAGCCCAAGCUCUCACAGGCGCAGCCGCUGUAUCUUCAUCUGCCCCAAACAGCACCGCUCCUGCAGCAACAUCUUCUUCUCAAGGUGUUCUUGCCCCUCCCCCUGCCAGCAAUAGCACCACAUUGUCAACAGGAGGUGGUGCAGGAGAAGGCAGCCAGGCAGCUGCAGAAGCCAAAAAGGAAGAAGAAGAGGACGACGAGAUGAUGGACUACCACAAUAUGCUUCUUGGCAUCUAGGCUUCUUGAUGGCAUGAAAGGCAGAACACCAUCACCAUCACCGUUUCCAUCCCGUUCUCCCAUGUCUAGAUCAUGGCCUCACUUCUAUGAGCACGACCACCAAUGUCACCUACACCUUGUUGUUCGUAUUUUUGGAGCUGCUGCUUAGUACGACGCUGUUCACCCAAUGAUUAUUUUUUUUCAACCACUUUGUUGUUCUCGCACCACAACUACAUGGAUCAUCUUGACCAGUGUGUAUUCCGUAGAAGAAGAGAAUCUUUCGCAAAUCACGACUUCUAAACACGAUAGUUUUGAGCAUAAGGACCUUUAUGAUCUGCAUCCUACGCGUGAGUAUUGAUCUAGACCAGAUUUCUAUGGUGGGAUUUUUUCACCAAACAAAGGGAGCUUGUAGCAUGUAAACAUGAGCACACUUCUAAAACGGUGUUGUUGUUCGUGUGACGUAUACUUGCUUAUGACGAGUUGUGCCAUUGUUCAUCUUCAUCUGCCGUGGCUUCUGGCAAAAAUAGAGAUUGUUGCGUGAAUACAGCGAAAGGGCUGGUCUCAAAGUACCGCUGCAAGUAAGAGGCAUCCCAAACGGGCCGUCGCACAAGUAAAAAUUGGUGAAAUAGUACG